GGUUGGAAACGUCCACACGUAAGGCUUCUAACUGGGAGAAGGCAGAAGCAUACCAGUAGAUUCGAAGAAAAACACAGCAGAUCAGUUUCUAAGCUACAAACAUGGAAAAAACACAGCUUGUUUUUGUUCCAGCACCAGGCAUAGGUCACUUGGUAUCCACAGUUGAGUUCUCAAAGCGCUUAACUGAAAGAGAUGACCGGCUAUCAAUAGUUGUUCUGGUUAUAAGCUCAAUCUCUGCCAAAAAAAUGGAGUCCUACACUGAACGAGUGGCUGCUUCAAACACUGCUAUUCAAUUCAUCAACAUUCCUCAAGCAGAUCCACCCUCAGCAGAGUUCUUGAAGUCCCCCGAAAACUAUCAUGCUCUUUUCAUGGAAAACCACAAAUCCCAUGUCAAAAAAGCAAUAGUCGACCUAGUAUCACAACCAUACACUUCUCUUGCCGGAAUUGUGGUUGAUCUAUUCUGUAGUUCAAUGAUUGAAUUAGCAAACGAGCUCGGUGUUCCUUCCUAUGUGUUCUUCACCUGUAGCGCUGCCAUUCUUGGCUUCGUGUUUUAUCUCCCAAUUCACUAUAACCAGAUUGGAAGAGAAUUCGAGACUUCGGAUUCUGAUUCGAUCAUUCCAACUUAUUCUCACCCUGUCCCUACAAACGUUGUGCCUUCUUUUGCAUUUAACAAGUAUGGUGGUUAUGCCUCAUCCUUGAAACACGCUACAAGGUUUAAAGAGACCAAAGGAAUCAUCGUAAACACGUUUGCAGAAUUAGAACCUCAUGCUGUGAAUCAAUUGAAAUCCGACAGUGAAACACCACCAAUUUACACAGCUGGACCCUUGCUCGACCUGGAGGGCAAAAGGCAAGACUCAGACUGCGAAAGGAUAAUGAAAUGGCUAGAUGACCAGCCUCCAUCAUCAGUGGUAUUCCUCUGUUUUGGAAGCAUGGGUAGUUUUGAGCCUGACCAGUUAGCAGAGAUGGCAAUUGCAAUCGAGCGGAGUGGAUACAGAUUCUUGUGGGCUGUCAGGUCGCCCCCAUCCAAGGACGAUACCACAAAAAGGAUGGGUGAAUAUUCCAAUUUGUCUGAAGUACUUCCAGAAGGUUUCUUGGAACGUACUGAAAAUCGGGGAUUGCUGUGUGGUUGGGCACCGCAGAUGGAGGUGCUGGCUCAUGAAGCAGUUGGUGGAUUUGUAUCGCACUGUGGCUGGAAUUCCACCCUGGAAAGCCUGUGGUAUGGGGUGCCUGUUGCAACAUGGCCUCUUUAUGCUGAGCAACAAAUUAACGCAUUUGAAUUGGUCAGAGAAUUGGGACUAGCUCUGGAAUUGAAGUUGGAUUAUCGAACGGAAAAUGCAAAGAAUCUUGUAAUGGCUGAGGAAAUAGAGAAAGCUAUCAGAUGCUUGAUGGACUCCGAAAAUCCAAUCAGAGGGAGAGUUAAAGAAAUGAAAGAAAUGAGUAGAAAGGCCAUUCAAAAUGGGGGCUCUUCAUUCAUCUCAGUUGGACGCUUUAUUGAAGAUAUCCAUAUCAACAAAGCAAAUAAGGGGUAGAAUCAUUUCCGCCACAUGAUCAUGUUAUCAGUAGAUUAAGGGAAGUUUCUUCAGCUGCUCCUAUUUCCCAAAAUCAAUUUGCUUUGUUUAUUUUAGUGUUUCUUAAUCGAUCUUAUUGUCACAUUUGGGAUUAAAUUCAUGUUAGCACGGCCUCCUUGUGUUUGAAUAUAUAUGUUUUUUCUUCAUACUGA